AUGAGUAAAAAUAGCGACUUAGAUCAAUUAGCGCGAUUGAAUGAGAAACUUUUGGAACGAUCUAAAGGAAGGCGAACAGAUUACAGGCUUGUUGAUUCAGAAAUUAUUAAAACUGCACCUGAACCAGUUCCAGUUAUUGUUAAGGAGCAAAUACGUGAUAUGCUGGAAUCGCGGAUUUCCAAUGAUACAUCAGUUAAUUCAACUAUUCCACAACAAGAUCGAUCGGGUUAUGUUACGGAUGCUUCAUCAGCUACUUGGCAAUUCUCAUCCCAUUCAUUUUCACCUCGUUCUGUUGUUUCGGUAAAUGGUGGUGCCAAAGAUGGUUUGCUCAAAGUGCGUACCGAUUUAUCCCCCGGUCUUUGGCGUACCCUUUCCCGCUCCAAUGCUGCUGUGCAAACUGCGCACAUUGAGAGUGAGAAACAACAUUGGCCCCAUAUGCCGGCACGUUUGGGCCCCGUAACGGAUUCAGCGCAAUCCACGAUGACCCGUGAAUUCAACGAGAAUUACGAGAGAAACAUUGAACGUUAUGCUUCAUUACCGACAUUGGACAGUGAAACACGUGGAACAUUGAUUAAGAUUAAGGAUGAUAAGCCUCGAGGUAUCAUGAAGCGUCGUGAUCUGGAAACUAAAGAUCAAAUGAUGUAUGCAACAGAAGAACCACGACAGGUAGCUCGAACUGAUCAUUGGGAGGAACGACGAAUUGCUUCAGCAAAGCCAAAAGUAACAGAAACAGUACAAAGAGUGGAAGAGCAUAAAAGAAUUGAAGAAAUUGAAAGACGCGUUCAACGAAAAGAAAAGAAAGAGAAGAAGCAUCGUAGUUCACAUCGAAAUUAUCAUCAUCAACAUCAUCAUCGGGGCGGUAAUCGUGAAGCUUAUGCGGCUUAUAAUGGGUAUAGUGAUGAAGGUUAUCGUAGCAAUUCAUUGUCACGACAGAACGGUUAUUUACCAGGACAUGAAAGUUAUAUGCGAUCUGUAACGACACGUCGUGAAAAGGAUGGGCGUUAUUACGAUGAUGGACGUCUGAUAACAAAUGGAAGUCUUUCUAAUGGACGUUAUGGUUCUUCGUUAUCUGAUAGCUUAAGACGUGGCGAAUUACGUUAUAAUCCGAAUGGUGACAUUCGAGAAGUACAUCAUAGCUCGUCGGGUCGAAAUGGACGCAUUCAUAAAAGUCUUUCUACUCGUGAUGUAUACGAUUCGGGUUCGGGUGUCAAUUAUGAUGGUGAUUAUCAUCGUUCAUCAUCCUAUCGUCGUAGUAGUCAACAAAGUGGCGGUCCAUUUAUUGAAUUUCCACCAACAUUACCACGUGAUCGUGAUGCACCAAUACCUCCACCACAUCGUACUAGAAUACCAUCCGAUGACUUCUACAAACCGAUCACCAAAAGUCGAAGUUAUGCAGAUUGGGAUGAAGGACGUGGUUUUUCACAGUCUAUUAGACGGCGUAAUGAAGAUAUGACUCGUUUGGAGAAUGAAUUUCGUGAUUCGCUAUUAAUGCCAUUACCAAAUAUGUCCAAUAACAGUGGUAAUAUGUAUGAACGUGAUCAUCGUCAUGAGCAAAUACCGGGUGGUUAUGAGACAUAUGAUCGGGAAAUUAAAAGUAGUAGUGGUCGUCGUAUUAAUAAAGAUGGAAAUCCUACUGAGUACAAGGAAGAAUCACAAGAAUGUAGUUACAAACGUGAAACAGAAUCAGAUCGUAGACGUUAGAAUUCAACGAAAC